AUGAUAAAUGGAGAAUUUCCACGAAAAGAAAAAUCACGUUCUGUAUGGAUUGAACAGGGGUUAGUACGCGGUAAUAUAUUUCGAAUUGGUGAUCGUCAUGUACAAAUAUUUCGAGGUAUUCCGUAUGCAGAACCACCUGUUGGUAAAUUACGAUUUGCGGUAUGUUUUAUUAUUGUCGAUGAUAAUAUUGUUGCUGCUGCUGCUACUGCUACUGUUGUUGUUGCUGACGAUGGUGGUGGUGGUGAAGUUGGUGGUUAUGUCUAA